UGAAAUUAUUUUUGUUCCUAAGCUAAGCUGGUCAAGGAAGUAUUCUAUCUACUUGUAGUUAGCAUCCAGUUUGUAGUUGCAAUAGUUCGCUUUUGGUGUCCAACAUGGCCUUUUGGUUGAAAUGCCCUUGAUCGAUUGAAUUGAACGAAACAGUGACUCCUCUCUCCUUACGACGUAAAUGUCCAAAGAAUAGGUUGCGUUUAUUUGAGUAAGAUCACGCGUAGGAGGAAUAUUUGCAGGCGAGUGGACGUGCAGGUAUGGCUGAGGCAAGUGAAGAUGGAAAGAGAGUUCCCCGAGAUCCAAACUUCAUAGGUGAAGACGAAGAGGAGAUCGAUCAAAGCACGGGCAAGCCACGCUACCGCACCAAACCCGUGCCCGCUGUGGGCGUGCAGCCAGAUUUCGAUACCUUCGGACCCAAGGCACGUGUUCGCGUGGAGCUGGAUGAAGCCGACCCGGACGAGGCAGACCUGCCGCCUGCACGGGAUAACUUCUUCGAGCCGUGCAGCAAUCCAUCGACGGACGAGGAUGAUGGCGAGCAAGAACAGCCGGAGACCAAGUCAAAGCGUGCUGGCAAGGGCGGCAAAAAAGGCAGUAAAUCCAAAUCUGCCCUGACGAAGACAAUCAAGGAGAAAAUCCCAGUGUACGUGAACCCAGACGGCACGGCAAUGCUGAGUGAAGACUCGGCGCUGAACAUCGGCAAUCUGAGCGUAGCGCCAAUCAUUCAGUCGUUCAAUGAGCUGCAAGCUCAGACCAAGGACAAUGAGGAUAAGCCAGUGUUACGACACGACAUCAGAAUUCCCAACCGGCUGGCAGUCAAGAGCAUGAAGAUACUUGGCAUCGUGGACAUGGUGCGCGACAUCCACCCCGAUCUGAAAGAGAAGAAGUUUGAUCUCGCCCACCAGGCCUUCCACCUGGCAUGUGGCACACCGAAGGAAGUGCGCUGGUGCCUGAACGGCCUCAUCGAGGAGGCAGCCUACAGGGAAGGCUGGACGGUGGAGCAGACGGCGGAGCAUGUAGCUGACAGGUAUGUCACGCCGAAGCAGUUCUUCAAUAUCAUCAAGCCUGAAGAUUACGACUUCUAUGAGGUCGACUACGAACGGUUAGAGGUGGUCGCGCUGACCGAAAGUGGCGAGGCCAUCUUCUGCCACAACUUCACGGAUGUGUAUCGGUCAUACCUCAACCGGGCGCACCACGACGAUAUUCAGCAUCUUCUUGACCGACACAAGCGCCUACUGGAGGACCGGCACUGCGUCAACGACGUUUACACUCGCAUCUGCCGUACAGGCAACAUCCUGGCACGCGUCAACACACGGCUGCGGUACAAAACACUGGGCGACUCCACCAUGUUCCCCCUCAUUCUGCAGGACAUUGACAGCCUGCCGGAGAUGCAGAUGUCACUGGUGUGCGAAAAGAAUGCCGACUAUGUGCAUGUCAACACACCCAUGCCGGACUUCCUGGCUGGGCAUGGCGACAAGAUCUGGGAUAUUGCAUUUGAGAAUUUGCGUCGCCUGUACGUUCAGAAGACGUGGAUCAAGCGGAGAUGUAUACCGCGCGGUGACAACAAAGUUGCAAAGGACGGGGUAUGGCUUCACUUCCUGGAAGGCUACGACUGUGAAUGCCUGGCGUUCCUGGCCAGUACCAUGUUCAUGCCGGAACGCAUGAAGGAGGUGUCGCGCAUCAAGGUCAAGGGUGACGUGAUCAUGGGAAUAGUGCGCGACGAUGUCACCAUGCUGUGCGGCUCCGAGGAGCUCUGGUCCAUCGCGUACAUGGCUCACGUCGGUGUGGACUCACUGGGGCAUGAGGCUUACGUUGGCGUGACGCUGAGACUGCACAAGCAAAAAGACGGAACUUUGGGAUGGAUUCUCUACAAGCCGAGAACAGCCCGCGAGGCGGUCAUGCCGCAGAAUCGCGUAGAAGUGGACCUGUUCGUGGGACAGAUGCAGCAGAAGAUCCACCCGACCGGCUGUGCCAACUGUCACCGCUUGGUCAACAAGUUGAUGGUAUGUUCUCGCUGCCAUGACAACUUCUAUUGCUGUCGCGACUGUCAAAAGGCAAACUGGAAAGAGCACAAGCCGUUCUGUGUGAAGCGAGAGCAAUCCAAGGGAGCCAUCACUGCUGCUGAGAAGCAGACCAAGACACACAAGGCUCCUAAGCCUGGCAGGGGUAAAUCCAUUCAAGAGAACAGCGAGGAGUACGAGGAGCAUCUCAAGGACAACCUGCCCAAGAAGUACCACAAGUAUGUUAAAUCUCUCCUGGAUUGACCUUUCACCUUCACUGAUCCAGGGGCCUGGUACAAUCGUUAUCCAUCGUACACACUGAAGUGUCGCUGGAGCCGAGACCUCAGGUCGGCGGAGAUGCUCCAGUUUCACCACCACAGUUGCGUCUGCAGCCAUCUCUAUCGUGCAGUACUCUGUUCUCGAGGUUCGUGGUUUCUCGUAAAAAAAAGAAAGAAGAAAAAACAGGUGAUAUUGAAGAGGUCGUCUUGCUAUAGAUGCCAGACAAGCGUAAAAGAGCAGGAAUUCCUGCUGACGCUUGUGUGGAUGUACACGCACUGAGGCCUUGCUAGACUUGAUGGAGUGCACAUCGAUUGUCAGCUCAGCACCGUAGAGCGCUGCAUCGCCGGCAUCAGUCCUGCUCGUGCACGCUACUGUAUUUGAUUCCAUCAGCGGCUUUGUUCAAAAAUGAAACGUUCCUGCGUAAAUCUGAUAUUGUUGUUUUUUUUGUCAAUACUGGCUAUAAACUUUAAAUUCCUAACCUGUAAAUAAACUGAGGCCAAUCGACAAUAUCCUGACAAUUCUCUUUACUAAUCCGUCAGUUGACUUCACUUCUUCACAAUGUAUACACCACCGCAGGCAACCAAUCACUUGUCCCUGCUGUCUUUAUCCGUACACGGCUUGAGGGAUGAUAUUCGUAAUGCUAUCAUUGAUAAUUAUAGUUUUUUUUCCUCUAUUUUCCCGAAUAUGGCAGCAGCAGCACACCUAUUACUUGUAAUUUUUAGAAAGGUCCCGAGCACUGAGUGCAUUUCGAACAGUCUGGCUGAGAUCAGUUUCUCUGUCAUAGCUAUAAUAUUCUUGUUGGUUCGCUUAUCUUCCCACACAUGUACAUGAUUGUACAUGCCUCUGACGUUAUGAAGUUGUCAACACAGAUAGCAAUAGUUUGAAGGAUAGUUGUAGUACUUUGCUACUAAGAAGCACUGGAUAUUUCGUUAAGUAUGAGUUUUUGUUCUGUUUUAGAAUUUCCAUCUGAUUUUGAUAGUCGAGCGUCAGCCUUCAGCUAGCAGA